AACAUAUAUACAGACGCAUGUAUGCUUGCACGCAGUGUGUGUAGCCAAACUCUCUGCAAAUGCAUUAAAUGCGGGCGUCCUUUUCCACUUCCUCCAUUUUUGAUCAGCUUCUUCUCUAUGUUUCUUUCUGUCUCUGUUUUCUUGUCUCGUUGUCUCUCCCCAUUCUUAUAUACCAAAUUCAGAUUCCUGAUUGGUUUCAAAGGUUCCAACUCUCUUACACUACCUCUUCGAUCCGAUUUACUCUACCAUUCAAAAACCCACAAUUUUUUUUUUUUCUGCGGUUUUCUCACUGAUCUGAGCAGCAAAUCCGCCAUUGAAGCUCGGGGAACUGGGUUUAAGAUUUAAAUUUUUUCAGAAAACGAAGGAAGUAAUGGAGGGUAGGAUGAAGAAGUACAGCCAAGUGAGUCCGGAAAGGGCGAAAGUGUGGACUGAGAAGUCGCCCAAGUACCACCAGAACCGCAAAGUUCCUGUGGUUUACUAUCUCUCUCGAAAUCGGCAGCUUGAACACCCCCAUUUCAUGGAGGUUCCUGUAACAUCUCCUCAAGGGCUCUACCUCAGAGAUGUGAUUAAUAGGCUUAAUGCUCUGAGGGGCAGAGGCAUGGCUUCCAUGUAUUCAUGGUCUUCUAAGAGAAGCUAUAAGGGUGGAUAUGUUUGGCAUGAUCUCUCUGAAGAUGAUCUGAUUCCUCCCGCCCAUGGAAAUGAGUACGUACUCAAAGGUUCUGAGCUUUUUGAAGAAUCGAAUUCAGGUAAAUGCGGUCGGUUUAGCCCGUUGGCAGAAAUAAAAAUCCAGAGCUUGAAACAAUUACCGGAACCUGCAUCUUCUAGAAGCCAAGAUGAUUCUUCUUCGUCGUCAAGUUUGAAUGGGAAGGAAACAAAGCAUUCUCAAGAAGAUGAGCUCUCUCCUCCGGUUCAACGUCUCGAACGCUCUUCCAGUGCAUCUCCAGAGUCUACGGUUGGAAAGAAUUCUUCGUGGGGCGGUUCACUGAGCUUGACAGAGUACAAGGUUUACAAGAGUGAUGGUUUGGCUGAUGCUUCUACGCAGACUGAAGAAAAUGGGAACAAACCUAAAGCAUCAGAAACAUGUACAAGGGGUGUUUCCACAGAUGAUGGGUCGUUGGAACCGGAUUGCAGUUAUUAUCAUAAUCGAGUGCUGUGUGUGAAAGAGAACUCUGAGAUUUGCAGUGAUUCAGUUUCCCCUCCUCGGUUUUCCCCCAGCCCAUCUUCAUCAGGUGGGAAGACCGAAACUUUGGAAUCCCUUAUUAGGGCUGAUGUUAGUAAACUCAAUACUUUUAGAAUAGUUGAAGGGGAAGACGUACGGAUGCAAAACAAUCCAAGGGUUAAGGCUACUAAUGUACUUAUGCAACUCAUCUCGUGUGGUUCAAUAUCAGUGAAGGAUCACAGUUUUGGUCUUAUUCCAACCUACAAGGCCCAGUUUUCCCAUUCCAAUUUUCGCUCCCCAUUAUUCUCCACUAAAGUAAUGCUGGGAGAGCUGGACUGCCUCUCAGAGAAUCCAAGGCUAAUGGGUUUGAGAUUGGAAGAUAAAGAAUAUUUUAGUGGGAGCUUGAUUGAGACUAAAAUGCUCAAGGAGGAAGAUGGAUGUACAGCUUUAAAACGAUCGUCCUCAUACAAUGCUGACAGGAGUUGUAAGAAGCUGGAUUCAGUAGAGGACAAAGAGCAGUCUACAUCAGGACGUUCGAAAUGCAUUCCAAGAUCAAUCAAAGCUUCGCUGAACAAGCAUCCACGAAGUGAAUCUAUGAGAUUCCCCAUUUCCGAUAAGCCAAGGAACUCCUCAGAUGUAGUUGGUGGUGCACAUAUCAAUACCCAUAGCGUAUCCAAUGGAUGUAGCAAAAGAAUCACAGACCCUUCAUCUCUUAAAAAGCAAUCGAAAAGGUUAGAUUCGUUUAGAGAAGAGAAGGAGAAGGAGAAGGUGAUCAAAAUCGAAGAAAGGCUUGCUUCAGGAGCUCGGGUUAUAAUCCAAUCCAGAGCACCUUUCGAUACCACUGUGGUUGGCAGUUCGUAGACACCAGCGCUGAAGAUAAAAGCAAGGGGUAAUUUUUCAGGUGGUUUGAAGUUCAAAUGAUGUAAACUUAUUGGCGGGUAAGGCAAAAAGUAAUUUUUUAUAUAUCUGAAAAGUAAAAAGAAAGGAGCAAAUCACUUAUUUGCAAAGGGGAUGGUCCUGGUUGGUGGACCUACUCCGUUUCCUGAGAUAUGGAGUUGGAUUUUUGGGUGGGGUUGUUCAAAUGGGUUUUCUUUUCCUCUUUUUAUGUAACUAGGGUUUCAAAAUCUUCCUUUUUACUGCAAUGCUUUAAUUUUAGAACAGUUCCUCUAGCAGCAGCAUGGUUUAGGUGCUGCCUGCCUGCUAUUACCAAAGAUGUGUUUCAAUC